GAUUUGAGUGUGGGCGGAUCCGACUUUCCGACAACCAUGUAGAGACCGUCAAAACCUAAACCCGUCCCUGAUGUAUGUGUGCAUUCAACGCUAUUUUCUGACAGGCCAUUUGGGCGUUCUGUUCUCUUGGUGUUCAUUGUCCUCCUUUCCUUCGCACAUCUGUUGGUCUUCUAUUACUAGCCGUCAGCAAGCUGGGUCCGUAGUCUCAGCAGCAGCAGCAGCCAACGUCACGUAAUCCACACCCGAUGAACUACUAUUAGGGGACGAUUGUUGAUCAGUACUUGGAAUCAUUUAUCUCAUGGAUUUAAUCGACUUUAUUCUCAUUCACGGGAAGAGAUCCUUAUAAAUUGUCCAGUAUAUCGGUGCGAUUCAAGUCGUCACUUGCGGAUUCGAUAUUUCUCGAAAUUUAUCACCCG